AUGGAGGGAGAACGCCCUCCCCUUCGGCCUGGGGAAAUCGGCCCCAACAACGCCCGGGACAGGGCACUAAAAAAGAAGCGAUUGAAGCUUGCCACUCAGGGUGCCCGUGGCGGCACCCGAGGAAAUGGUCUCCGUGGCAGCCGUGGGGGCGGUCGCGGCGCUUUCCACGAGGACCCCACGAAUCCCCUCCACCAUGAGCCCCCCGUCCGUGGGGAUGAGGCUCCCCGCUAG